UCUUCUACUUUUGAGGCGGCAGCAUGGCCCGUCAACCAGGUGUUAUUUGCGGCACGAGCGCUCCUGUCGAAGUUCUAUUUUGUCCGGUUCGGCUAGCUAUGGCCGGAGGAGACCGUGCCGUCAGCUGUGCGAGCCUAGAGGAGGCGGACAGCUGGUAAAUAAAUACCAGCGUUUGAAAAUUCGUCUCUCUGUCCGAAGUGAAGGAAACGCUCUGUAUUGGUGAACUGGGCACAAACUCGUCGUGUGGGUCAGACACGAGGAUAGGAAAAUGUCGUACGAACACCACCGGGAGGUGCAGAUCCCAGCAGGGGCGAGACGGCGCUCCAGCCUAACCGUCACCCAGAUCGAUCUGCCCUCGCCCGAGAAUGACUUUCCACCGGAGCCACCAAAGAAUCGCCGUCGCUUCUCCGGUUCGCUGAGUGUGCCGGGACUGCCAUUCUCGACGGGCUCGCUGAGGAAGUCUAGAUCUGGAUCAAUGAACAUUCCCAGAAGCACUUCUGCCACUCUCCAGGUCAAUGACGCUUCGUUGCGUAAGACUCGAUCUGGCUCACUACACCUGCCCACACAGGUCACGGAAAACAACAAUCCCUACCUGCUGAAGCCGCGAAGGUCGAUCGCCGGCGACUCGGGCGUGCGACGCCUGAGUGCGCAGGACCUGGCGCUGAUACAGCGUGAAGUACUGCAGACCGGCCAGCGCCUGUCCGCCGCCGCCGUUCUGCAGCGGGCCGAGAGCUCGCCCAGCUCGUCCCCAGCAGCACAGCGUAGGCAGCAGGAAGAGGAGGGCAGAAGCAGCUUCUCCAGCGCAGGCAGCACUACUACUAGUGCAUCGGGUUCGCGCUCCAAUCUGGACGUUAUGGAUGGACCGGGCAGCGCAUCAGGCACCCUGCGUGGCAUCCGCAAGAGUAUAUCUGCAAACAGCUUUGCGUCGUCGGUGAGCCGAUUCCUGGCCACGACGUUGAUGGGAUCCGAACUCGAGGAGGAAGUGAAAUCCUUAGAUGUGGAGACGCGUAAGGUCAUGGAUUACAACAGUGAGGAACAGUGUCGGAGGAUGGCAGAGGAUGGUGAGCUGAUCAUCUGGGAUCCGGAGACGGGCGUCGGUGACAUGAUGGCGCCUGGCACGAUGAAGAAAGAGUCGUUACGGCAGCUGGUCAAAGCUUUGGCGGAGUGGAUCAACGACGUACUGCAGUACAGGCGUGUGGUGGUGCUGGACAUCUUCCAGGACCUGUACGACGGGCAAGUCCUGGACGAGCUGAUGGAGGUGUUGCUGGACGAGCACCGCGCUGCCACCACCGACUCGUUCUGCAUAGCCGAGCGCCUUAAGAAGGAACGACUGCGCCGGGUCCUGGUCUGGAUCGACAGCGAGCUGGGCCACGAGGCGGGGGGUGCGGACGAGGAUGCGUGGAACGUGGAGAGGAUCUGGCAGCAAGACAUGAUCGCCACGAUGCACCUUCUCAUCGCACUCAAUCGCCAUUUCACCGCUCAGGGAAAGGGCCCGGCCAGUCCGAUUCCCGAGAACGUGGCGAUCGAGGUUCAUCGGAACGAGAUCGACCCGAUAUCGCUGAGGCUUGUACACAAGAAGUGGCGAGAGCACUUAACGGGUAUAGCCGGAUUAUCACUGGCGUCCACAUCUCCAUUGCCACGACAAGCCGAUGUCUUCGAUAAGUUCUUCGUCGAGGCGCCACAAAAGAUCGUCGAAGCCGAACAGGUCCUGUUGAAGUUCGCUAACCUGCACCUCUGCAAACUGUCGUUUCAGCAGCCGCUCACGGAUUUCCACGAGGACUUCCGCGACGGCGUUAGUAUAGUGAUGCUGUUGUCUAUACUGGGUGGGUUCUGCAUUCGAUUUCACGAAUUACGGUUGCCCGUAGGGAAGGACGACGAUCGUGCUAACAACUUGCUGUUGGCAUUUCGCCUGAUGCGGGAUGCGUCCAUUGAGCAUCCCGGAGUCGAUCGCCCCGAUGACAUUAUCCAGGGCUGCCCUAAGGCGACCAUGCGCGUCCUAUUUCCCAUCUUCAAACUCUACAAGCAUGCAGUGUAGAGUCGUGUGGAAUGCUUGCCUCUGUCGCGUAGACACAGUGUGUGGCUCUGGAGUGUGUGGCUCUGGAGUGUGUGGCUCUGGUGCUACCUAACUGUACACAGUCUGUACAUUCGGAUACUGGUAAAAUAUUUUAGACACUACAAACACAGCUGGGCAUUGUACUUGAUCAGACUUGACUAGGACCACCCCAACCCGCUUGCCUUCCCAGGCAACCAAAUCCCGAUGCUCUCUUUUUAAAGCUCGAUCCUACCUGACGGUCCAUCAUGACUUGAAGUUGUGUUUACGUUCACAGCCUGAGUGUGAGUUACUUGAAGCAAUACAACUGCUACUUGACCUGACACUUACCCCAGCAAUAUUCCAUUCUCUUUCCUUAUAUAUUCAGCCAUGAUAUGGGCACAGUGUCAGCUGGCACGGUGCUGUGCUGCACAUGGCUGGGGUUGAGUACUGAUCAACACCAGUUCAGCUAGAUGUAACUCCGAAAAAUGACUGAGUAUUUCUGACUUAAUUAUCAUCUACGGACAUAUCCGCUUUUUACCGCUUCCGUACCAGGAACGAUUUACAAGUUAUUGAUAACGAUGAGUCCGUUCUUUCACAA